AUGUCUUUCUUCCGCAUCACUCUCCACCGCUCAGCAAUUGGCCUUCCCGAGCGCACACGAGGUGUCCUCGCUGCGCUGGGUCUGCGCCGUCGAAUGCAAACCGUCUUCCACCCCGUGCACCCGCAGUUCGCCGGUAUGAUUCUCAAGGUCAAGGAGCUUGUUCGCGUGCAAGAGGUGGACCGCGUGCUGAGCAAGAGAGAAGUCAAGGCUGCGCGGACACCAGAUGCUGGAUUCUACGUCGAGAAGGCUGUGCCAAGAAUGUGA